AUGGACACAGCGGCUAAAGCGUUUGAGCAGCACGUGGCGCUGGACGAGGGCGUGUUGGCCACGUCAGCGCCACUGGAGAUCGGACAGCUUGACUGCGUCAUCCUGCAAGUGAGCGAGGGUCUUGCGGGAUAUCCGGACCUGAGUCAGAAGACGUACGAGCUGCGCACGCAAUUGGUGGAGGAGAAAGCGAUUGGCGCAGCAGGAGCCAUUGAAGGGGUAUUGGAGCUGCUGAAGGCCAACGAGAAGGCGCUCGAGUACUUCAAGGGAAGCAUCGUUGGAGUGCUGACGGGUCAACCGCUGCCGUUGCGUCCUCCCUUCUUUGGCGGUACGAUCCCUGAACCUGCUGCAGAGGCGGUAGGCUCUGCACGCAAACGCUCGUUGGAGAAGACAACAACGACAGUACAAGGAGCAGAAGGCAAGCGACCGAAGGCGGAGGAGAGCGAAAAGAACAAAAAGGACAUCGCGUCGCCUCCCCUAAGAGCAGCAUUGGCUGAGGAGACCAAGUAUGAGUCGGAGGAAGUCAAGAUCCGAGCCAUGAACCCAACGUACACGAUCCCAACGCAGUGGGAGCACUUGUACUUCAAGCAGGUGGAAGUAAUCAACAUAAGCAACCGCCUCGCUAAGGAAAGGAUCCAGGCCAAGCGCUUUGCAGGCGAACCAUUCUUGCUGGAAGGUCACACUGGCUGGCUGAAAUUUGCGGACGGUUGGAUUAAGCCGGAUGGGACGCUGGACGCGGCGGCAUUUCUAAGCGGCAUUCACGACGUGAAGGUUCCUGUUCUAGAGCGCAAUUACGAGGAGCGGAACCCCAUCAAGACGCACUUGCCGCUGAGUUACUACGUCAAGAACUACUGGGAGCACGGCAAGUCUGAUUACUAUCUGCACCAAUGGCAAUUCCCGCUGGACCCGAAAGCUGGUCCACUGUUGUGCUACAAGAGCGAGGAGCUGCCUGUGCUGGGAGACAAUUUGCUGUUGUAUUGGCUGGAUGCUGUGCGUGGCGACAACCCUCUGCAGUAUCUUUUCAUGGGCCAGAAGAGCACAAGAAGUCGCAUGCACUUGGACCCAGGAGGCCUGGGCAUCACCAUCGCCCCAGUUAUCGGAACUAAGCGCGUCACGAUGCUGCACCGUGAGGCAGCCAAACUGGACUCUGUCCACGAGUCUGUCAACUUCCAUGACGUGGAUCUGGAUCAGAUUCCCCAACUUGCGUUCCUGCCAGCGUGGCGUGUAGACGUCAAACCAGGCCAGAUCCUGUACAUGCCUGAAGGGACACUGCACGCGUGUGAAAACGUCACCGCGUGUCUGUCCUACCAUCGCUUCCACGUGGACACUGUGAACCUCCCAGGCUUCUUACGGUCGUUUUUGGCGCAGGACUCUCCAACGAUCAACCACGCCGAGAUCCUCUGGAACGCUGCGCACGAUGUCAUGUCUGCGAUGGAGGAUAUCUACCAUGCCAACAACCAGGUCCUCGGGAAUGAGGUCGUCACGCUGCGCAAGCUAGAUACGCUGCGAGGGUUGCGUCAUGCUUGCCGCAUGCUGUCGCUGGAGCAGGUUUUACCCACUGAAGACUCGUGGGACUGGAAGAAACUGCUCGACGACAUCGACCACUUGUUGGUGCGGAUUGAUUCCAGCGCCAAGUUGAACAAGAAGAAGAAUUCUACCCAUGAAUCGACUCUGACCAAGGCGAUGGCUGCGCUAAACGGCGAGGAAGCGGCUGAAGCCAAGCAGAUAAUUGAAGCAGCGGCCAACAAGAAGAAGCUGGCAGUCAAGACCAAGGCGCAGACAACGGCUGCGAACACUCACUGGGACUCUCUGAAGCUUAAGGUGGGCGAUAUCAUUGGUGUGCAGGUCUUCGAGAAGCGCAACCGGGCAGAAGUGCUGAAGGUGGUGCACGACAAGGUGCUCGUGCAGAUCCACUACUCAGACUGGGAGUCGAUUUACGACGAGUUCCUGCCGGUGUCGUCUCUCUACCAGCGCAAAAAGGGCAAAAAGGUGGCGCUUAAGAAGACACCAGAGGUGCAUGAGACGGUGAUGGCGCGCUGGGGCAGCAAGGGCGAUGUGUACAACGCCAUCGUGCUCAAGGUCAUUCGCACCAACGCGUGCUACGUGCACUACCUCAAGUACGAAAAGGACUGGGACCAGUGGAUCCUGCCUGGCCACAUCUUCCGUAAGUACAACAAGGCCUAG